AUGGACGCAGCGACUAUGCAGGCCUCGCGAGAAUUUUUCGUCGUAUAUUUCCAGGAUCUUUCUGCCGGGGAUAUCGCAGAUCAGGACGUGACUAAAAUCCAAGGCGAGCUUCGUCGUAUAGCCCACACAAUCUCUGGGUGGACGGAGCUUGUAGAUGAUCCCAACAAGCUGACUUGCAGCUGUUUUUCGGACCGGUGCUGCAACCUCUCGGAUAUUAUUGUGAAAGUUGCUGAGCUGGUAACUAUCAAGGACGGAGAGCUCCCUCUCGCAGUUAUGAAGAUGUUCAAUAUGCUGGCUAUGCAGGUAGGACGACUCACUCUUGACGGCCAUCGCGAAGAGGACGAGUAUGCGCGGGGUUUUGAUCGCAUGGCCAAGGACGAAGAGCGUAGAUGGCAGAUUGGGUCCCAAGGACCAGAUGACGGUAGAGCUGCACUUCUUUUUGGCAUGUGGACUCGUAUGAAUCGCAUCUCAGAGCCUGGUCCCAAUUGCACAUCCAAGUGCCUGGGUGCGCAUGCCGGUAAUCCUUGA